AUGCAGUGCCUGCUGGUUCACCACUACAACGUAGUGUCUUUCGACAAGCUCGACUACUGCGCUACGCUCAACAACACGCGCAUACUCGACGACAAGGCAAACUUCAGUUUCGAAAAUGGCGACAUUACAUCGCCCGCGGAUGUCAAACGGGUGCUUCGCAAGCACAAGAUUGACACCAUCUUCCACUUCGCAGCGCAAUCGCACGUCGACCUAAGCUUUGGAAACUCAUACGAAUUUACGAACACGAACGUAUAUGGCACACAUGUGCUCCUCGAGAGAGCUCGAGAACAUGGCGUGAACAGGUUCAUACACAUCUCGACAGACGAAGUGUACGGCGAUGUGCCUGUUGGUGCUGCUGAUCUCGGCGAGACGAGUAUAUUGGCGCCCACAAACCCAUACUCAGCCAGCAAAGCCGCGGCAGAGAUGAUGGUCAGCGCAUAUCGGAGCAGCUUCAAGUUGCCUUUGAUCACCAUCAGGGCAAACAACGUCUAUGGACCACAUCAGUUUCCCGAGAAGAUCAUACCGAAAUUUAUCAUGCUACUCCAGCGCCAACAGAAGCUGCUACUCCAUGGCGACGGAUCGCCUACGCGACGAUACCUCUAUGCCGGCGAUAUUGUAGACGCGCUCGACACCAUCUUCCACAAAGGCGUCAUCGGUCAGAUCUACAACAUCGCAUCGAAAGAUGAGAUAUCCAAUACCGAAAUAUGUCACCAACUUCUCGACAUAUUUGGACUAGAGCACGACACACCAGCCGAACUGAAGGAAUGGGUGCAGCACACAGAAGAUCGACCUUUCAACGACCAGAGAUACGCUACAGAUGGCUCGAAACUUGCAGCGCUGGGCUGGGAACCGAAGACAAGUUUCGACGAAGGUCUCAAGAAGACAGUAGACUGGUAUCGCAGGUUUGGUGAGGUGUGGUGGGGAGACAUAAGCAGAGUCUUGACGCCAUUUCCUGUGGUUGAGGGUACUGAGAUAUGGACAAAAGAGGAGCACGACGAUCUGCCUUCAUCCGACGGAGAAGCGGUACCCGAAGGCAAUGUCGAAAUGUGGUCGCAGCAUGCAAAGCUGCGGCUUGAUGCAUUGACAGGAGCAAAAUAG